AUGGCCUUUACACCCCAGCAACUCCACUUCUUUGACGAAGCUUCUGUUGUGAGAACUGCGGGCAAUAGAAGAUAUGGACACAGUGUGAAGGGCACGCGGGCAGUUGAGGUGCAAAAAUAUGCAAGUAACGCUACUUUUACUGUUAAUCUUGCUUGUGGGUUCUUCGGAAUUGAUCAGUAUGAUAUUAUAAAUGGCCCUUCCAACGCAAUGGAGAUAGUAAACUUUUUUGAUGACUACAUGCAAGCAACCAACACAUUGGGGAAUCCAAUAUUAGCUUAUGGUGAUUGUGUCAUAAUGGACAAUUGUGGGUUCCACCACCAGAACCAAGCAGAACGAAUGCUAAGGAAUAUGCUGGGUACCAGAAAUAACACUCUUCUGUUUCAACCACCAUAUAGUCCAGAGUACAACGUUGCAGAAUACAUCUUCAAUUUGAUGCGUAAUGGUUUACAAAUUAACAGAGACUUCACAUAUGAAUUUACAGAACUCUCAGUUGUGAAAUCAUUAAAUGCUAUUCCUGAUUCUGUUCUCGCUAAACUGUUUGGCAAAUGUGGAUAUGUGUAG